AUGGCGGAAAAAAUACAGUGGCAGAAGGAGGGAGAGCCGAAACACCAUACUUUCGCUAAGAGGAAAAGGAAAUAUAAAGGGAAAUUACCGCAGCAAAGAGCCCAAGAGGACAUAUUGCCAGAUAUUCGCGAAGAAGGAAGAUGGGAUAAUUCGUCACCAUCAACAAACCUGGUUGACAACAUGCAAGAAACCGAUGACGUUGGCUCUGAUCAUGAAUCAUCAGGCAUUGUGGUUGGAUCAUCAGCUGUUGGCGACAUCGAUUCUUAUUGCAUGGAACUAAUUGGGCAAAAUGCCAUCACAACAUUGAGCAUUGUUUGUUUUCUUCUGCGUGAUUAUUCUUUGAAGGAAAAGACAUUUCUGAGUAAAAAGUUUGUUUUAGUAACAAGGAGACCACACAAAUUUUCAUGUGGAACAAAAUGGUGCUAUGCAUGCUCUUGUAAUAAAAGGAUCACAGAGUUCUUGACAUCUGGAGUGGCCUUUCUUGUUGAAAUGAAUUAUCCUGAUUUUGUUGAGCAAUAUGAAUCAUGUUUUCAUGUGAAGUCUUUGAAGAAAAUAUUGUGUGGUUUUGACAACCAAAAUGACAUUGAUGCUACUCAGUUUGCCAUUAGUGAAGUUGUUCAACGCAGCACUGAUCAGCUGCCAUUGACUGUUCAUUCAGUAUCAGGAUCCCCUUCCCUCUUAUGUGUCGUUCUGGAGAGCAGUUUUGGAGUUGUAUGUUGGGAGCGAAGUGAGUUACAAUGUUGUUUGUGUUCUGGUAUUUUAUCUGCUUCAUGUGAACAUGUGAAGGAAGUGAGCAAGCUCUUGGAAGAUGAUGACGAAAUGCCUGAUUUUGUUGAAUUGUUCAAUGAGUGCAGGGAUGAUCAUGUGGGUGUACGUGCAAAGGCUUCGUGGUAUUUGCGUUCCAAAUCAUAUAUGGCUAUACCAUUUGUUUUACCGAAGCAGCUUAAACAGGUAAUGUUUGAAACGUCAGAAUGCCAAAUCCUUAUGGAUGAUGGAGGAGCACGUUUAACCCCUACUUUACCGGACGUCGAUAGUAAAUUUACUGCCUGUCCAUCGUGCGGUUCGGCGUGGCGAGCAGACUCACCAAUUGCCUAUGAGUGGUUAUCUGAAACCUGCAACCUUAUUUUAAGAAGGUUCAUUCUGAAAUGCUUUGUGUAUUACCGUCCCUGUUCCAACACUUUGUGUGGCCAACGUCUUGAAUACGAUGGCAGUGAUGUUGCCCUUUUGAACAUGGGUAAAUUUGUCAUUUCGUAUGACGUUUUACGCGACUUCAUGUUUCACUUUUUGAUGGGGAGAUGUACAAUGUAUACCUACUAUAACGUUUGGUCUGAAGUGAUGAAUGAUGGCGGAAAGGCUGAUUUGCGAGAGAUCAUUUCUCUGAAGCAAUGGCAAGCAAGUUGGUACUCGUUUCUGCAACUGUUAGAUAUCGACUAUAACGAGGGUUUUUGUUGUCCAAUAUGUGGGACCGAUUCUCUGGAUGUCAUUGUUUGUGAUGGAACCUCGCUUGCCUUCAGACAGGCAUUUAUCACGGGUCUCGCUCAAGACUAUAGUAAUUCUAUUGAUAGAAGAACUGGAAGAUAAGUAUAUUGGCUUAUACAGAACUAGUUUUACUAAGUUGGCGACUAAUAAAAUAGAUCAACUUUUUUUCAAUAGACCUUAUGCAUAAUGACGUCAAGCGCUUCUGUGUGACCACAAAGACUAGCAUUUCUUGUGAGACUUACGUUGUUUUUUUUGUUAAUUCUCACCGGUUUUUGUGGUCAUUGCAAAAGUAUUUGACGUCAUUAUGCACAUGGUCUAUAAGUCACAUAAUUUCCUUUUUACCUCUUAUACUAGCCACCGUGAGCGAGUUUACGUGCUGGACAAGAAUCUUCGAGAAGCUAUAAAAAGUGUUGCGAGAAAUCCUAGCCUAGAAGCACUUGAACUA